AUGGCCUCUAAUUUUUGUGUAAACGCAUUUUUAUUUAGGCGGAAGAUUGAGAGUUUGGCGAGGAUGAGUAAUAUGACGCAAGAGGACGUCUCGACGGGCCUUCGAACCGUCCAGCAAGGCCUCGAAGCUCUUCGGGACGAGCACAAUAAUGUCGGCGCAACAAUUGAGAGCAGUCUCAAAGGAAUCAGUGAAGAUGAAGCGCCAAUGCCUCGAGAAAAGCAUCACCAAAUUACAGACAACGUGGGCAGUAUAUCUAGCGGUCUUGAAGAAGUCACGAUGAUGGUAUCGAUAAUGUCUCACUUGAAUAAUUUGGAAGCAGAAAAACAAAAAUACCAGGCUCAGCGACGCCGCCUUUGUCAGGAAAAUGCUUGGCUACGUGAUGAGCUAAGCUCGACCCAAAUCAAGCUACAGACUUCUGAACAGCGUGUGGCAACCUUGGAGGAAGAAAACAAACAUCUCAAAUAUAUGAACUCCAUCAAACAAUUCGAUGACGACAUCCAGAACGAUGUGAAAUCCGCACCUUCCGAAGCCAAUGUACCUUCUACGAAUGACACCCUUCAAGAUCUUGGUUUUGGACCUGAAGACGAAGAGGAUCUGCAGUCUAGUCAAUUUGCGCAGCCAACACCGGCGCAUUCAAUGGCAGCUUCAGCUUCUGUGGGCUACGAGAUUCCAGCACGACUUCGCACAUUGCACAAUCUGGUGAUCCAGUAUGCGUCACAAGGUCGUUAUGAAGUCGCCGUUCCUCUCUGCAAGCAGGCCCUCGAGGACCUUGAGAAGACUAGUGGUCACGACCAUCCUGACGUCGCCACGAUGCUUAACAUUCUUGCACUUGUUUACAGAGAUCAAAACAAGUACAAAGAAGCUGCUAAUCUUCUCAAUGAAGCGCUCGCAAUCAGGGAGAAAUGUCUAGGAGAAAAUCACUCUGCCGUUGCUGCUACUCUGAACAAUUUGGCGGUCCUUUAUGGAAAGCGCGGCAAGUUCAAGGAUGCCGAGCCUCUGUGCAAACGUGCUCUUGAGAUUAGAGAAAAGGUGCUCGGUCACGAUAAUCCUGAUGUAGCUAAGCAACUAAAUAAUCUGGCUCUUCUGUGCCAAAAUCAGGGUAAAUAUGAAGAAGUCGAGCAGUACUACAAGCGUGCACUGGAAAUCUACGAAAGCAAGUUAGGACCUGAUGACCCGAAUGUCGCGAAGACCAAGAACAACCUUUCUUCUGCAUAUCUGAAACAGGGCAAAUAUAAGGAAGCGGAAGAGCUCUACAAGCAGAUUCUGACUCGAGCACACGAACGCGAAUUUGGAAAAAUUGGAGAGGACAACAAACCAAUUUGGCAGAUUGCUGAAGAUCGUGAGGAAAUCAAGCAGAAGGGAGGAGCUGAUACGGGCCCAAUCGCCUACCACGAUCACGGCGGUUGGCACAAGGCUGCCAAGGUUGACAGCCCAACGGUGACGACAACGCUUAAGAAUCUGGGUGCUCUUUAUCGGCGUCAAGGUAAAUAUGAAGCCGCUGAGACAUUGGAAGAUGUUGCUCUGAGAGCCAAGAAGCAGGUAAGUGGCACCUGA